GGUUCAUUAUGUGUGGUCAGCCUAUUCUCCCUUAGCAGGUUUAACAGGAUUCAUUGCAUCCAAACUUGAAGAUUUUUUCAAAAAGCAGAAAAAAAAGACUGCAUUUCAAAGCUAUGCUGCAAUAACUUAUUCUGCAAAGAUCAGGUUUAUAUGAAGGUCAAGUCAUGGGUGACUGGUCCAUUCUUGGCCGUUUUCUUUCUGAGGUCCAGAAUCAUUCGACAGUGAUUGGCAAGAUCUGGCUCACCAUGCUGCUGAUUUUCCGCAUCCUGUUGGUGGCCUUGGUGGGAGAUGCCGUCUACAACGAUGAACAGUCAAAGUUCACCUGCAAUACCCAGCAGCCUGGAUGUAACAACGUCUGUUAUGACACAUUCGCACCUGUUUCACAUCUGAGAUUCUGGGUUUUCCAAAUUGUGCUGGUUUCCACCCCAUCCAUUUUCUACAUAGUGUUUGUUUUGCAUAAAAUUGCCAAAGAUGAGAAGGCAGAUGGUCAACAAGCACAUGUGCUGAGGCAAAGGCCUUCAAGGCAGAGGUCUGGACCAAAGGAUGGAAUGGAGGCCCUACGAGUGGGUGUGUCCCCUUACUGUCCUCAGUACCGGGAGGGUUGGGAUGAGAGUGAAAGAGCACAACAAAGUUAUUUGGAGGAGGGUCGAGCUGAGCUAGGAGAAGACCCCACUCAGCAAUCUAACCAGGUUCUACUCAUUUAUAUAGUGCAUGUAUUACUUCGAUCUGUCAUGGAAAUCACCUUCCUGGUCGGCCAAUAUUUAUUAUUUGGGUUUGAGGUGCCUCACCUUUACCGCUGCGAGACCUACCCUUGUCCGACUCGCACAGACUGUUUUGUAUCUCGUGCCACAGAGAAAACUAUUUUCCUAAACUUUAUGUUUAGCAUCAGCCUGGGCUGCUUUGUGCUCAACAUUGCAGAGCUCCACUACCUGGGCUGGGUCUACAUUUUCCGUGUUCUCUGCUCAGCUUGCUCCACCUGCUGCAGUCAGGAGACAGACCCAGUGAAAAUGUACUCAAAGGAAAACCCAUUCCUGCUACAACUCAGGCAUUCUCUGAGAGGUCAGCUGGUUCUCCAGACCCGAACAGCCAUGGCAGAGAAGACUGGAGGUGUUCUUACACAUACUCCAGCUAUCUCAUUUGAAACGGACUCAACUGUUGAAUGCACCUCAAAGAGAAGUCCAGAGAACACGGACAAGGUGACGUUCAAGUUGGCUAGAUUGGGACGAACUAAGAAGUCUUGGCUCUGAGAAUGUUUUUUUAAUAAGCUUGUGUUCUCCAUACAGUGUUUGUAUUAUGAUAAUAAAAAAUAGACAAUCAGGUGCUCACUCAGCACUAUUAUCACAACAUAAGUUGUCUGUCUUACAAAUGUAAUGUUCACAACAAUUCAUUGUUUUUUUUAUUUUUUUUUAUUUACCCCGUGGAUUGGUUUGACAUUUUUCAAUCUGUCAACAAUUUUAUUGUUCCAUUUUUUUUUAGGCCACAAAAGGUCAUUGUUGUGAAUCAUGUAAAUCCAAGGAGAUGAAGUUAAUUAUUUUGCAGGUAUUGAUAAUCUGCAAUUUUUUUGUCCUUGUCUCUUGCCUCCAAACAGGCAACACGUGAGUUCAAUCUGUGCAUCGGGUUUAGCACUUUGCCACGUUUGUUUCAUAGCGGUAAU